AGUAAUACAGUGUUUUGACCAUAAUAAUAAUAGUAACACAACGAAGCUGACACAAAUAUUCUUCGAUGAAAAACGGAGGGACCACGGAACAGAAUCGGAAAGUCGAAUUUGGCGCUCGCACGUUCCGUGCCGUAGACUAGUGCCGUGUUCGGCCAGAGGACGCCACAGAAGCCGAUUUUGCGUUAUGUUUUUGAGUGUGCGAGUGAGUUAGUGAACUUAAAUCGGAAAAAGUAUCCGGCUUCUCUGUGCACAUAUCGGGGGAUUGGAGAGCCGUAACGGACCGCACCGGGCACCAAAUGAAAGGAACCGAAAAUGGCUGAUGAACAGGAGAUCCGACAACUCGAACUUCUGUGUAAACAAUUGUACGAAUCGCAGGACACUGCGAUCCGGGGCGACGCCGAGAAGGCGCUGGUGGUUUUCCAGGAUGGCCCCGAUGCCCUCACCAAGUGUCAAGUGCUGCUUGACAGGGGUGAUUCCUGUUAUGCCCAGCUGCUGGCCGCCACCACGUUAACCAAGCUAGUCUCGCGAAGCGCCCAGGGUCUUAGCCUCCAACAGAGAGUGGACAUUAGGAAUUAUGUGCUUAAUUAUUUGGCCACCAGACCCAAGUUGCCAAACUUUGUUGUACAAGCACUAGUCACCUUGUUUGCAAGGAUCACUAAGCUGGGAUGGUGUGACACACAUAAGGAAGACUUUGUCUUCAGAAAUGUGGUGGCUGAUAUUGGAAAGUUCCUACAGGGUUCCGUAGAGCAUUGCAUGAUAGGUGUGCAGUUGCUGUCGCAGCUCACUUGCGAAAUGAACCAAAUCUCGGAGGUGGAGGCGAACCGAUCACUGACCAAACACCGAAAGAUCGCGUCAUCCUUCCGAGACACGCAGCUGUUCGAGAUUUUCAGGUUGUCGUGCACGUUACUCGGCAAUGCACGUGAAAAUUGCAAAAAUCUUAAUUUUAACGAUGAAAAUCAGCACGGUUUGAUGACUCAGCUACUCCGUCUUGCCCAGAAUUGUCUCACCUUCGAUUUCAUUGGUACGUCUACCGAUGAAUCUUCUGACGAUCUCUGCACCGUCCAGAUACCCACUAGCUGGCGGCCGGCAUUCCUCGAUUUCACCACUCUGGAGUUAUUCUUUGAUUUGUAUCACUCAUUGCCCAACACUCUCUCAUCUCUGGCGCUUUCCUGUCUCGUGCAGAUUGCGUCGGUGCGCCGUUCGCUCUUCAGCAACGCAGAACGCGCCAAGUUCCUUACCCAUCUUGUCAAUGGAGUCAAACACAUCUUGCAAAAUCCUCAGGGAUUGAGCGAUCCCGCGAAUUAUCACGAAUUUUGUAGGUUGCUGGCAAGGUUAAAGUCUAACUAUCAGCUUGGAGAGUUGGUGAUGGUUGACAAUUAUCCGGAAGCGAUACAGGUUCUGGCCAAAUUUACAGUGCAAAGUUUACAGCAAAUGUGGCAAUUCGCGCCUAACAGUGUUCAUUAUCUGCUGAGUUUGUGGCAACGGAUGGUGGCGAGCGUACCUUACGUAAAGGCCACGGAGCCGCAUCUUCUGGAGACGUAUACCCCUGAAGUGACCAAUGCAUACAUUACUUCGCGAUUGGAAUCUGUGACUAUGGUGGUUCGUGACGGCAUGGAAGACCCACUAGAUGAUUUAGGCAUGGUGCAGCAACAACUUGAACAAAUGUCGGUGAUCGGACGUUGCGAGUAUCAAAAGACUUGCACGUUACUGGUGCAACUUUUCGACCAAGCUGCCAGGACGUACACCGAGCUGCUGGCCAAUCCGGCUUCAGGUCAGAUGGAGAUCUCAAUACAAGAGGGACAAUUGACGUGGCUGGUUUACAUCAUAGGCAGUGCGAUCGGUGGUCGAGUGUCAUUCAACAGCAACGAAGAACACGACACCAUGGAUGGCGAACUGCUCUGUCGUGUUCUCCAGCUAAUGAAUCUGACGGAUUCGCGAUUGGCUCAAACUGGCUGCGAGAAAUUAGAGCUUGCGACACUAAGCUUUUUCGAGCAGUUCCGCAAGAUUUAUGUCGGCGACCAGGUCCAGAAAAAUUCAAAAGUUUAUAGGCGAUUGUCUGAAGUGCUUGGUUUGAACGAUGAACCCACUGUACUGAGCGUUUUUAUUAGGAAAAUUAUAACAAAUUUGAAAUAUUGGGGUCGAAGUGAACCUGUCAUCAGCAAGACGCUGCAAUUGCUUAACGACUUGUCGGUGGGCUAUAGCUGCGUCCGUAAAUUAGUGAAGUUAGAAGAGGUCCAGUUUAUGCUCAACAAUCACACCAGCGAGCACUUUCCAUUCCUCGGUAACUCUGUGCCGGUGACAGAAAUGCGUUUACGUUCUAUGUUUUACACGUCGCUGGGUCGGCUACUCAUGGUCGAUCUUGGCGAAGAUGAAGACCGGUUUCACACCUUCAUGAUGCCGCUAACGGCCGCAUUCGAAAGCAUAGGAACGGCGCUGGCGUCGGCCGACAGUCCCAUGUUUGCAACGGAUGACACAAAGAAAGCCUUGAUUGGAUUGGCACGCGAUUUGCGUGGUCUUGCGUUUUCGUUCAACAUGAAAACGUCGUAUAUGAUGCUCUUUGACUGGAUAUACCCGAAUUACACGCCGAUACUGUUGCGAGCUAUUGAAUUGUGGUACCACGACCCACACGUGACCACGCCAGUGCUGCGUCUAUUUGCCGAGCUCGUUCAGAAUCGGUCGCAGCGUCUACAAUUCGACGUCUCCUCUCCUAACGGCAUUUUGCUGUUCAGGGAAGCCAGCAAGAUCCUCUGCAGUUAUGGUAGUCGCAUUCUUAACGUGGAAGUGGCCAAGGACCAAACGUAUCCUCUGAAACUAAAAGGCAUCUCCAUUUGCUUUUCGAUGUUGAAGGCGGCCUUGUGUGGCAGCUACGUGAACUUUGGAGUGUUUAGACUGUACGGAGAUGAAGCGCUCGACAACGCGCUUAACAUUUUCGUCAAACUACUGCUUUCCAUACCGCAGCCUGAUCUUCUGGACUACCCCAAGCUGUCUGUGUCUUAUUAUGCGUUGCUUGAGUGCUUGGCUCAAGACCACAUGGCGUAUCUGUCGACUUUGGAGCCGCGCGUCUUCCUAUACAUCUUGGCCUCCAUCUCUGAAGGCUUGACGGCGCUAGGUGGGCAACUCAAUCACUACACAGAUACCAUGAUUUGUACAGGGUGUUGUGCCACGUUGGACCAUAUAGUUACGUUUAUAUUUAAACAGUUGACACAAAAAGUGUACCCUGGAAAGGAACAGAGAGUCGGCGUGCCACCUAGUAGUGACAUGUUCUUGAAAGUCCUCGAAAUGCACCCCGAAAUUCUUCAACAGAUUCUGAGCACCGUACUGAAUGUGAUUAUGUUCGAGGACUGUCGUAAUCAGUGGUCGAUGUCGCGACCACUACUUGGGCUCAUCCUGCUCAACGCCGAUUAUUUCGGUCAGAUGCGCGAGUCCAUUAUUAGGGGCCAGCCUCCUGACAAACAGGCUGCAAUGGCAACGUGGUUCGAGAAUCUCAUGGAUGGGAUAGAACGUAACCUCCUCACCAAAAACCGCGAUAGGUUCACGCAAAAUUUGUCUAUGUUCCGGCGGGACAUAAACGACUCGUUGAAAGGACCCAAUGUAAAUACAUCGUCGGUUAGUGAUAUGAUGACGUCAUAGUGAUAAUCGGUUUAAGAGACGGACGAACGCUGAUAAACGAAUGAAAGUGUAUAUGUAAAAGUAAAUCGGAUUGAUUGAUUGUUAUUUAGGUACACUUUGCAUUUAUUUCGUAAAACUUAGUGAAAAUGUGUUACUUUAUAUUAUUUGUUGUUGCUGUUUGUGUGUAAAAAUGAUCAUAAGACCGCUGAUAAUGAUUGGAUUUUUUGCAAGUUACGCAGAACAAAUAAAUGCAUUGAUUAUCUAUGAAUGUGUAUAAUAAUUUUUAAAAGAAACAUGAUCAUGGACGAGCUGGUCAAUUAUUUUCAGUUCAACUGACUAUUUUAAAAAUGGAGAGCCGAAGUCGUAUGACAAAUAAAAUGUUUAAUAAAUAA